UGAAGGCGCGAUAAGAAUUUGAAGGGCUUGGAUGAAUGGGCGUGUGAUGCCAACCAAGUAUUUAAUCUAACCAAACAAGUAUUUUACGAGUGACAGUGUUGUUGACUUUUCUGCUCCAUCUUUUCUCUCAUUUUACUUUCACUUAAUCGUUAGUCUGUACGAUUUGUACGCUCCGCACCCCUAGCGCGUGGACCUUCGUGGACACCUGGCUAUGGCAAGUCCCUGUCAGGAUUUGGAUACAGUAAAUUUUGGGCAUUGACUUUUCGUAAAGCUUGUUUUUUUUGUGGGUGUGAGUAUCUGUCGUCACCCGGAUGAAAACGAGUUGUGGGGAGUAGAUACAUCAUCUGAUACUACCCGAAGUCUUUUAAUCCACCCUCCGUCAGGUGUGCGCACCAGUUAAAAUGUGCGCAGGAGGAAGACGUCAUCUGUGAGGGGAUUUCGACUGUCUCAGCAUGGCAAAGACUCCGUGGCCCAAAGGCACAGAGUGUGUGGCCAAAUUCAGCUUUAAAGGCUCGUCGGAGCACCACCUCCCCUUUCAAGAAGGAGAUGUGUUGACUGUCAUUGCGGCCACAGAGAAUCCACAGUGGUACAUUGCUAAAAAUGCACAAGGGCAUAAAGGGAGCGUUCCCACGAGCCACAUUCAGAAGUGUGUCGAAUCUUUGGGAAAUCGCAGCAAGCUGAAUCUUAUGCCAUGGUUUCAUGGCAAAAUAACGCGGCUCCAGGCCGAGAGGUUGCUCUCCCCACCAAAGAUGGGCUUUUUCUUGGUGAGAGAAAGCACCAACCAUCCCGGCGACUACACGCUGUGCCUGAGCACGGACGACAUUGUGGAACACUACCACAUUAGACACGAGCACGGCAAGCUCAGCAUCGAUGAUGAAACCUACUUUGACAACCUCAUCCAGCUGGUUGAGCACUAUAAAAGCAUCCCUGAUGGUCUGUGCACUCGUCUAAGCACGCCAAAGUUGGAGCAAAAGACUGUAGCGGUCCAAGAUGAGUUUUUGAGAGGUGGCUGGGUGAAGAACAGAAAGGACUUUGUGUUACAGAAGACCAUUGGAAGGGGAGAGUUUGGAGAAGUCAUGUUGGCUGAGUACAAAGGGAACAAAGUAGCCGUGAAGCGCCUUAAAAAUCAUGCUACGGCGCAAGCCUUCAUUGCAGAGACCUCUUUCAUGAUGAAAUUGAGUCAUACGAACUUGGUGAAGCUGCUUGGCGUGAUUGCAGAGGAGGAUGGCAGUUUGUACAUUGUUACGGAGUACAUGAUAAAAGGUACUUUGGUGGACUACCUACGGUCCAGGGGGCGGACAGUACUCACUAGUGUUGAUCUUAAUAACUUUGCAGUAGAUGUCUGUGAGGCCAUGGUCUAUUUGGAGUCCAAUAACUUGGUCCACCGAGACCUCGCAGCCCGUAAUGUUCUGUUAUCAGAGGAACUCAUCGCCAAAGUCAGCGACUUUGGCUUGGCCAGGGAGGUGUCUUCGCUCGAGGAUGCUAACAAGCUUCCUGUGAAGUGGACGUCACCGGAGGCCCUCAAAGAAAAGAAAUUCUCCACCAAAUCAGAUGUUUGGAGUUUUGGUGUUUUGCUCUGGGAGAUUUACUCAUUUGGACGAAUGCCAUACCCGAAAGUUCAACUAAAAGACGUGGGGCCUCUUGUGGAGAAAGGAUACCGGAUGCCGAUUCCCGAUGGGUGUCCGGAAGCUCUCUACGACAUCAUGAACCACUGCUGGCAAAUGGACCCUCAUUCUCGACCCACUUUUAAACUGUUGAAAGAGUGGCUCUUAUAUAGCGAAGACUUGCGCCGCACACUCCUCUGAAAAAGAAAAAACCUCCACUGACUAUCAUGUGACAUUUUAUUGUUGACAAUGUUUCUAUGAAUGAAAUGAAUGAAUAUUGCUUAAGCUCAAUGAGCCAUGUUGAAUACGUGAUUUUAGAAAUAGUGUUUGUCCAACACUUCUCCCCCUGCAUUCUGUCUGGAUUUGAGUCUUUCUGGCCAAGGCAGUGUAAGUUCACCCCCUGAGACUCGAGCACGAGCCGAAGAUGAUGCGAAGCAAUGCGCUCAUCUGCAUGCACCAAAUAGGCGAUGAAUAAGUAACCCGAUGGUUGUGCAUCAUUGAUUCCCGGAUACUGAAGAGCAUCAACGCAUUUAAGGAUGAAUAUGCAUCCCUUCAACGUGUUUUAGGCAUCAUCAUUGUGUUUUGGAGAAACAUUUUGAUUUGUAAGAGUUUGCAACAGCAGUUUCAGCCAUUGUGGGCAAGAAUGUGGUCUGAAUGUGGAGCUUUUAACCAUUUACUUGAACUGUUCUUUUUUUCUGGGGUGUGACGACUGUGACGGGCAGUAUAAAAACAAGAAUUGGAUGCACAAGUUAAAAAUUAUUUUAGAUCUCAUCGCUGUAAUGAACCCAUAGUAGAAAGUGUACAUAAUGGCUUAACUAUACAGUACAAAAACCCACACGAAUUUUUACUCAAGUCCUUUAUGACGUGUUUUUGUAACUUUUUAGCACCGCACUCUGAUUCUAGUUUGACUAUUAUUAAUUUUUUUUUUUUACCACUGUUCUCACGAAAACCAGGUUUUUAAGCUUGGACCACAUGUUCAAUAGGGUUGAAGUCAGGGAUUUUGAUUGUUCUGUUAGAAGUCCCUGUCAGUUAAUUGGAAUAACGUUUGUAAUGGUUGGUUUGUCAUAAGUAAGUGUGUUCCCCUUGGUACCUUUUCCCUGAUCUUUUUCCUUUCUAGGUUUUGGCCUUGUCGUGCACUAUUUAUUGAUAUUAUUACAUUAAAUGUAUGUACAUACUUAUUUGGGAGGAAGCCACGGGAAAGACCGAGGACAUGUCAUAGAAACUAUUCUGGCUGACCUGGGAAGAGCUGGACGAAGUUGCUGGGUGGAGGGUAGUACUCUGUCAAGGCUGCCGCAACCCUUGAACAUGGAAGUAGAUGGAUGGAUUAUGAUUUUUUUGUUGUACUUGAUUAUUUCUGUGUGCAGACUGUAGAAAAUCCUAAAUAACUUUACUCUUGUGCACCCAAUUUUUUUGUGUGUUUUUUCAAACAAGCUGAAAGUCUUAAAUUAUGUAAGUUCCCCCUUUGGGAAAAGACAAUUUGAAGCCUGAAGGAAUAUGAAAUUCAUGACUAUUAUGAAUCUAGGUAGAAUCAAUGUGAAGGUGUAUUGCCAUUACAUUUUUUUGUAAUCUUACUUUUGUAAAAUGAACAGAAUCCAAGGUGUGUACACUUUUAAGUCAACACACAGUAUUGUUUUUGUUACAUUUAAUAAAGUAUAAAAACAGUA